AUGAACGGCCAUCCCAUUUCGGGACCCAUGGUCCUCAACUUCGAGCACUUGAAGCGCAAUGAUGUCAAUUUAGUUGGCGGGAAGAAUUCUUCUCUUGGAGAAAUGAUUGGUGCGCUGAGCGCCAAAGGAAUCCCUGUCCCCCCAGGCUUUGCCACAACUUCCAACAUGUAUUGGCACUACGUUGAUGCCAAUGGCAUAAGAGCCAAGCUGGCCUCACUGGUGAAGGAAUGGGAAGCGGGGAGGCUGAGUCUUGCUGAAGCAGGACAACUGACGCGCAACUUGUUCCUUCAUGGCACGUGGCCGGCCGAUGCGGCAACGGCGAUUCUGGCUGCAUAUAAAGAUCUUGCGGACAAGAAAGGCGAAAAGAACCUUAGUGUGGCCGUAAGAUCCAGUGCGACUGCUGAAGAUCUGCCUGACGCGAGCUUUGCUGGCCAGCAAGAGACUUAUUUGAACAUCUCUGGGGAUGAGGCUCUCUUGGAUGCCUGCCGUCGUUGCUAUGCUUCACUAUUCACAGACAGGGCCAUGAGCUACCGCCGGAUCAAAGGCUUUGAGCAAAUGGGUGUUGCGCUGUCCAUUGGUGUACAGUGCAUGGUGCGCUCUGAUAUUGGUGGCUCUGGUGUCAUGUUCUCAAUUGACACCGAAAGUGGCUUCGACAAGAUCGUACUCAUCAACGCGGCAUGGGGCUUGGGGGAGAAUAUCGUACAGGGAACCGUCAACCCUGAUGAAUACCAGGUUUUCAAGCCACUGCUACCCAGUCCCAAUCUAAGUCCCAUAUUGGAGAAGAAGAGAGGUGACAAGGAGAUCAAGUUGGUCUACGGUGAUCAACACACGCCAACACGCAACGUCCCUACGUCCAAAGCAGAGCGACACUCUUUCGUGCUCAGCGAUGACGAGAUCUUACAGCUCGGGCGGUGGGCAUGUACCAUUGAACAACAUUAUGAGUGCCCCAUGGAUAUGGAAUGGGCCAAGGAUGGCAUUACGGGUCAACUAUUUAUUGUGCAAGCCCGGCCGGAAACCGUACAUUCGCACCACGACGCCGGCAUCUUUAAAACAUACAAAGUUAGCAACAAAGGGCGUGUCCUGGUCACUGGGCUUUCAGUCGGCGAAGCAGCUUUGUCGGGACGAGUCUGCCUGAUUUCAUCGCCGGCGGAUAUUGACCAGUUUGUUGACAACUCUAUCCUCGUCACGGGAGCAACAGAUCCCGACUGGGUGCCUGUAAUGAAACGGGCCGCAGCCAUCAUCACGGAUCACGGCGGACGCACUUCGCAUGCUGCCAUUGUCAGCCGUGAACUCGGACUCCCAGCCGUUGUUGGGACAGGCAACUCCACGUAUCUCCUACACAGCGGCCAGGACGUCACCGUAUCUUGUGCUGAAGGAGACUGUGGCUUCGUUUAUGAGGGCAUCUCGGAUGUAGUGAGUGAGACUGUCAGUGUCUCUGGACUUCCCGAGGUCAAGACGAAAAUCAUGCUCAACCUUGCCAAUCCAGCAGCGGCCUACCGCUGGUGGCGGCUCCCAGCCGAUGGCAUUGGUCUUGCUCGCAUGGAGUUUGUCGUCAGCAACGCCAUUCAAGUGCACCCUAUGGCUCUCGUCCAUUUUGAUCAACUCAAAGACACAGAUGUCAAGCGUCGCAUCGCCGAACUCACGGCGGGAUACCAGCACAAGCCCGACUAUUUUGUGGACAAGCUAUCGCGCGGCUUUGCGGCCCUAUGUGCUGCUGUCUACCCAAAGCCUGCCAUUAUUCGAUUGAGUGACUUCAAGACGAAUGAGUAUGCUGGUCUUAUUGGCGGUGCUGAGUUUGAACCAGACGAGGAAAACCCCAUGCUUGGCUUUCGCGGUGCAUCACGGUACUAUUCGCCGCGCUACCAAGAGGGUUUCGCGCUCGAGUGUCGGGCCAUUAAGCGUUUGCGCGAGGAGAUUGGCCUUUCUAACGCGAUAGUCAUGAUUCCCUUCUGUCGCACAGUGAAAGAGGCACGAAAGGUUUUGGAUGUCAUGGCUCGCCAUGGGCUCAGACGUGGAGAGAAUGGCCUGAAGGUAUAUGUCAUGUGUGAAAUCCCGUCGAAUGUGAUUUUGGCGGCGAACUUCACCGAGUAUUUUGAUGGGUUUUCUAUUGGUUCUAACGACUUGACACAAUUGACACUUGGGGUGGACCGCGACUCUGGCGAGUUGGGUGACUUGUUUGACGAACAGGAUGAGGCAGUCAAGUGGAUGAUUUCUCGAGUCAUUUCUAUAGCGCGCGAGAGAGGCUGUAAGAUUGGCAUCUGUGGACAGGCUCCAAGUGACCAUCCGGAGUUUGCCAGAUUUCUCGUUGACGCAGGUAUUGAUUCCAUCUCCGUCAGCCCUGACAGCUUUUUAGCCGCGAAGAAGCAAGUUGUGGCUGCUGAAAACGCAUUGGGGAAGUCGCAUGGCUAA